AUGUUGCGAGGGAUACUAUCAUACUGGAUCUUCCCCAUAAUCAGUGGCGUAGUCUGGCUCGGCACCCUUUUAGGGUUACUAAUCUACUGGUGCACCAACGAGAACCGACGACACUACUCGUCCAUGGACGAGCGGCAGACCAUCGCGUACAUCUCUGACGUGGGCGCCUCGACGUUAAAACCGCUCUUCAUCGCGGGCUGUGCUGUGACCACGGUGUUUCUGGACCUCUCCUUCGGCGCCGACCGCUGGCUGCGCCACAAGGGCCGGCUGGUGCCCAACACGACGACGACGGAAAAGGUGCUGUCGGGCAUGACCAUCGUCUUCGCCAUCAUCGGCACCUGCGGCUUGAUCCUGCUGUCCAUCUUCGACACGGCGCGCCACCCCAAGCUGCACAACAUCUUUCUGCUGCUGUUCAUCGCCGGCUACGUGAUCAGUGCCAUCUUCAUCUGCUGGGAGUACCAGCGUCUGGGCAUGCGGUACCGUGAUCAUCGGGUUUUGCGCAUCUCGUUCUGGAUCAAGCUGGUCUUUGUCAUUGUCGAGAUCAUCCUCGCCAUCGCGUUCGCCAGCUGCUCGUUUACACACCACUAUAACCCUGCGGCCGUUUUGGAGUGGACGAUUGCCUUCAUCUUCAGCUUCUACGUCUUUUCAUUCUGGAUCGACCUGUAUCCCGCCGUCAGGACCAAGGGGAGCGGUGGAUACAGGGGCAACAAGGGCGGCAUGAAUGAACAUGGUGAAUCUGGACAGAGUAUGGAGGAGCAAGGGAUUGCCGGCAAUGAUAGGACGUUGAUGGGAGAGGGACAUGGGCAUGGACAUGGACAUGGUGGCUAUGAUGACCCGAGGAACAGUUACUACAGUGGCAAUGGGUAUAGUGGCAGCCGGCCGGGUAUGGCGGGGAAUUAUCAAAGUGGGUUGAGGGGGAUGGCUCUCCCUAAUGAUUUUUAG